GAGUGUGGAAUUAGUCCCAGAACAUGAAGACAAGACAGCCCAACUUUCCAGCAGGUGGUGCCAGGCUAUUGAAAUUAAUUUAGUCUCAUUUCCUAACUUGAUUGCAUUAAUUUGAUAACAUUACAUUCAGAAUCUCAGCGCAUUUAUAGUGUUUCCAUAUAAUUCUCUCUCCAGAAUGGUAUAAAUUGCAGCAAAGUCAUUUACAACAGAACACAUUUGGUGAAAUACUAUACUCUGAUCAUCCAUCCCUCCAGUCCAAUGGGCCAGCCUCACGGGGAGAGCUGUGCUACUCUCUAUACUCCUGUCUGAUCCUCUCCACGUGGCGUCAGACUCGGAUGAGGAGGUGCAGGGGCCAUCAGAGUGGCAAACAUGGAAGAGGAGCAACGGUGUGUCCUACGAUGAGAAGGUUAGAUGUUAUUUUAUACACGUACUCAUAGACUCAGAUUGCAUUCACAAACACACCUCAAUAGUUACUGUAGGAUUAGGCUACUUAACUGCAUAUAGGCCUACAUGAAGACACAUUGUAAACAUUCAAGAAUUCAUUCCCUCCCUCCCAGACACACACCUUCACAAUAAUCAACUACUUUAUUUGUUAGUUCAUUCUGAAGCGGGAUGACAUUGAGAGGAAGGCCAUUUGGGAGGACAACAUGAGGGUGAUUGAUGAGAAUAAUAACCGUUUUCCUCAGAGGGACGAGGAUGUUCACCAUGGCCAUUAAUAAAUAUGGGGACCUGGUAAGUGAUCAUCCUCAUCUUCACUUCUGUUUAGUACAGGAUGUUAUAGUCCAAGGUACUUCUAUGUCUUACUUAUCAUGAUCCACUUUGAGCAAUUUCCAAAUGUCUGAGAGCUGCAACAUUCCUCUUUCUGUUCUAAUUUCUGUCCAUUUGUAUACAUUAUGAGAGAUUGUUCUAAUUUUAGUGUAUUGAAACGUUUAUUUUCCAUUGAUUAUUUUAUAAAUUUCAAACUAAAUCACUUUGGAAUUUCUCUCUUCCAUGCGUAGACAAGGCAAGAAUACACACAUUUGCAAGGUGCCAUGAUAAAUAGCAAAAUAAAGAGAAAGGGGAAGGAUGCAUCAGCUCGAAAGCUUUGUGCCAGUGCUCGGAAGUUAGGGGCUGUUACCGUCGACUACAGAGCCACGGGCUAUGUCACUGAGGUCAAAGACCAGGUGAGGCUUUUCUUUAGAAACUUCUGGAAGUAGAACGUCAGUGCAAACUAGGAAGUUUGAUUUCUUUUGAUUUCUCCUCACAGGGCUAUUGUGGCUCCUGCUGGGCCUUUAGCACUACGGGGGCCAUUGAAGGACAAAUGUUCAAGAGGACAGGUCAGCUGGUAUCCUUGAGUGGGCAGAACCUUGUGGACUGCUCCAAGCCCUAUGGCACCUAUGGCUGCAGGGCCUGGAUGGCUAAUGCCUAUGAUUAUGUGGUUCAGAAUAGGCUUCAGUCCACAGACACCUACCCCUACACAUCAGUGGUAAGAGUCUGACUGGGGACAUCCCUGUCCAUGUAGAUCAACGUUACAUAAUGUUAAUAGCAACAUAUGAUUUAAGAAGUACAAGGGGUGAGACACUUUUCUGUAUUUCUAGGAUACCCAGCCCUGUUUCAAGAAAGCAGUCAGUCAGUUGCCAGGAUCACUGAUUAUAUGUUCAUACCCACUGGAGAUGAGCAGGCCCUAACUGAUGCUGUGGCAACCAUUGGCCCAAUCACCAUCGCUGUGGAUGCAGAUCACCCAAGCUUCAUGUUCUACAGUUCAGGUUGGUCUUCAUACCUUGAACCUUGACAGCUACAUUUAGUGUUUUGUUUCCCAUGGCUGUACAUAAUAUUAACUUUGAUAGUCCAGGUUAACGUUUUUGAUUCCAUUAAAAAAUGUAUUUGCCCUAUCUGAGCUUCCCUCAUUGUAACCAGUGCUAUUAUUGGUCAAACAGGAAUAUAUGAGGAACCAAGCUGUAACCCCAACAACCUCAGUCAUGCGGUGCUUCUGGUUGGCUAUGGCUCUGAAGGGGGACAAGACUAUUGGAUCGUCAAAACCAGGUGGGUGAAUCACAGGUGGGAGUAACAUGGUUUACAUUCUCACAAAAUAUUAUAAUGGGGUUACUGUUUCCUGUAUAUGAAGGGUAUUUGUUGUAUAUAAAUCUGUGCCUGUUUUCCUUUUCUUCCCAGUUGGGGUAAUGGAUGGGGAGAGGGUGGCUACAUACGAAUGAUCCGGAAUGGUAGGAACACUUGUGGCAUCGUAAGCUAUGCUCUCUACCCUAUUUUAUUAACCAUAUAGGUGAUAAAGUGUCAGAGACAGAACACAUCAUCUUGGUGGAUAGGUUGUCAGAGGUUAAUAAAAAGUAUUGAUUUGGUUUAUUUGUGGGGGAGAUGGUGCCAGGUAUUCUUUCUUCUAUACUGUAACACUCUGAGUAAUGCUAUGGCUGUAUUGCACUGUGAUGGAGAA